AUGCCACUUCCUCUUCAGCAGCAACCCUUCGCUAGCUGGAGGGCAGUUCUCUUUACGCUCUUCCCCUUCUUGCUGCUUCAAAAUGCCUGGGUAUUACCUCUCCAGAAUAGCGAAGACGUUCAGGAGGUGGUGCCCGUCUGGGGAAAUAUGCCUCUGGGCAGGGGCAGGCAGGUAUCCUUCUCCAUCACGGCCUUUGGGAAAGUGCUCCUGCUGCAGCUGGAACCCGACGCCAGCUUCUUGGCUCCUGGGCUGAAGAUUCAACAUGUUGGUAGAAGGGAACCGGUUGGGUUCUCGACUGAGAAAGAGGAGGAGGAGGAGGAGGAGGAGGAUGUGGAGCUCAGAAGAUGCUUCUACUCAGGGACUGUCAACGCACAACCAGACUCCCUAGUGGCCAUCAGCUUAUGUCAGGGCAUCCAUGGCUCCUUCUUUGUGGAUGGAGACAAGUACGUCAUCCAGCCCCAAAAUCGUGGAAGCAAGGAUCCCCUGAUGCAGGCUCAUCAGAUCCAGAAGAGAAGCUGGUCAAAAGAAGCUGCCAAGGACAGGCGAGGAGGGAAAGCCCAGCUGGAACCCAACAGCACCACCCUGCACCGAGCGAAGCGGUUCACCUCCCAGGCUCGCUAUGUGGAGACCCUGCUGGUGGCCGAUACCUCCAUGGUCCAGUUCUACGGGCACGAUCUGACGAAUCACAUCCUCACCUUAAUGUCUGUGGCUGCUCAAAUCUACAAACACCCCAGCCUGAAGAAUUCUAUCAACCUGGUGGUGGUGAAAGUCUUGGUGGUGGACAAUGAAAAGGAUGGACCAGAAGUAUCUGACAAUGGUGGUCUGCUGCUGAGGAACUUCUGUAAUUGGCAACAGUUCUUCAACCCUCCAAGUGACCGUCACCCAGAACACUAUGACACUGCAAUCCUGCUGACAAGACAGGAUUUCUGUGGACAUCAAACCUGUAGAACCCUUGGAGUGGCUGAGACUGGCACCAUGUGUGAUCCAAACAAAAGCUGUUCUGUGAUAGAAGAUGAGGGUCUGCAAGCAGCUUACACCUUGGCCCAUGAACUAGGACACGUGCUCAGCAUGCCUCAUGAUGACUCCAAGAGCUGUGAAAGGCUCUUUGGGACAUUAGGAAAACAUCACAUGAUGGCUCCAUUGUUUAUUCAUUUGAACAAAACUCUGCCUUGGUCCCCCUGCAGUGCCAUGUAUAUCACAGAAUUCCUGGAUGGAGGACAUGGUAACUGUCUGCUUGAUGAACCAGUCCAACCUAUUGCCCUCCCGACUGAUCUCCCAGGCAAAAUAUCACUGUAUAACUUGGACCAGCAGUGUCAGCAAAUAUUUGGCAAAGAAUUUCGACACUGUCCAAAUGCCACACAGGAAGUCGUCUGCUCCCAGCUUUGGUGCAAGUUGGAAACUGGAGAGCAACUCUGCCACACCAAAAAUGGCAGCUUGCCCUGGGCUGAUGGGACACCCUGUGGGCCAGGGAAAAUGUGUUUGGAUAGCCACUGCGUGGCACAGGAUACGGUGAUGCCCAAGCUUGCUGUGGAUGGAAACUGGGGUCCCUGGAGCUCAUGGGGGCCGUGUUCCAGGACAUGUGGUGGAGGGGUGCAUUUCUCUUACAGAGACUGUGACAAACCAGUGCCUAAAAAUGGGGGCAAAUACUGUGAGGGACAAAGAGUCCAUUAUGAGUCCUGCAACAUUGAGGAAUGCUCCCCAACUGACAAAAGCUUUCGAGAGCACCAGUGUGAGAAAUACGACAGAUACAACUUCACCGACUUGAAUGGAAAUUUGCUAGAAUGGGUCCCCAUGUACGCGGGAGUGUCUCCUCGAGAUCGUUGCAAGCUGAUCUGCCGGGCUAAAAGAGGCAAUGAAUUCAAAGUCUUUGAGACCAAAGUGAUUGACGGGACAACAUGUGCACCUGAUACACUCUCUCUCUGUGUGCAUGGACAGUGCAUCAAGGCUGGUUGUGAUCAUAUUAUUGGGUCUUCUAAGAAACUAGACAGAUGUGGAGUUUGUGGUGGGGACUGUUCAACUUGUAGGAAAAUAUCCGGCUCACUCAACAAAUCCAAGUUUGGGUACAACGACAUUGUCACUAUUCCAGCAGGAGCAACCAACAUUGACAUCAAGCAACACAGCCGACGAGGAGUGAGGCAUGAUGGAAAUUACUUAGCUCUGCGGACCCUGGAUGGCAAAUACCUACUGAAUGGAAACUUCACUGUCUCAGCUAUGGAACAAGACAUUUUUGUGAAGGGGACUGUCCUGAGGUACAGUGGCUCCCUGACCACCCUGGAACGCCUCCAGAGUUACCAGCAGCUCCCCGAAUCCAUCGUGGUUCAGGUGUUGACCGUUUCCAGUGAGAUGUUCCUCCCAAAGGCAUUUCCCCCGCCCAAGGUGAAAUAUACCUUUUUUAUCCCCAAGGACCUCCAAUUCAGCAAGCAGAAGAUCAAGGAGAAAAGCUUGGCCAACAUGAUCAAGCCCUUGCUGACCUCACAAUGGGUGCUGGGAGAUUGGUCGGAGUGCUCCAAAUCUUGCAGUUCGGGUUGGCAAAGACGAACCGUAGAAUGUCUGGAUGUGGAAGGGCAGCCUUCAUCCACCUGUGACAAGGCCCUCAAGCCUGUGGACAUCAAACCGUGCAGUGGUCUUCCUUGCCCAAUCUGGCAGAUGGGACCCUGGUCCCCCUGUUCCCAAACAUGUGGAGAAGGAGUGCGGACACGAAGCGCCUUGUGCAUUGACUACCUGGGCAAACCUGUUGCCUUUGAGAAAUGCAAUUCAUCGCAGCCCCCAGCAGCGACUACGGUCUGUCUGCUCCAGAAGUGCUGAAGUGAACGGAGGGCUGACGUGCAAUCCGAGAAGCCUCUGUAACUUAGUCUAACUACUAACCUAACUCAAACUAGGCUUGGCAUCUCCAAGCAAGGAAGUAGUUUUAAGGCCAAUGGGCACUCAUUGACUUGAAGAGGCCCUAUUUCCUAUACCUGUUCGAAAGAUUAGAAGGCAUUGGUUUCCACCACCACGACCCCUCUCUCUCU